UGAUAUGGUGAUUUAGCUUGUGACUGCUCUAGGUCACCCUCUCACACUGUGUCACACACCACCUUCAAUGACUACAAGUCAUUAUUUUAAGUAGGAAGGCCCGUUCCGGUUUUCAUAAAACAGCUUGAAGAACUCGCACGGCUUAGAACCUCGAGGCGGAAUUUGCAGCCGAAUGAUCAUCAAGCGUUUCAAUCUCCUGGUGUUCCUCAGCGCCAUUUUCUUCUUAUAACCGGCUCUCUUCGCACACCUCAUUUCCCUUUCAGUCUCCCCCUCAUCGUAGCUCUGUCGUCCAUCGGUCAUAUGAAUGGCAGGUAACAUAUCCCAGUUCUACGUUGAGGACGAUUCGCCGGAGAUCGUCUACUACCCAUUCGUAGACACAAGCCUCAGUCCCAAUGCUUCUGCAGGCUGGGAGCAGUUCUAUUCGGUUUCAGGUGCUGCUUCUUCUCCAGGUCAGGUUGGUGUAGGAUAUAGUACACAUUGUACCAAUCUCAAUGAGGCAAGCUUCAUGAUUAAAUGGAACGGCACUGGUAUUGAUCUCCUGGGCAAUGCUCACAAUGCAUCCUAUCAAAUAACCUUAGACGGAAUUAACACCUCUCCCAAUACAUCUGACCCGGAAUCCAUCCUUGCAUCCUUGCACGAUUUAACCAACACAAAUCAUACAGUGUUGUUGACGACUCUCACGAAUCAAACGACUCCGGACUCAUAUAUACUUCUCGACAAGGCUCUCGUCACCUAUACUGCCCCCCCUGGCAUCAUCAACUCGACGGCUAACUCAACGACCAUUGAUGACGAUAACGACAUCGCAUUCGUUGGCAGAUGGAGUUAUGUCACUGACAGCACGGGAAAUUCUAUGCAUGUGUCCAACACCGCCGGUGACCAUGCUCAGACCACAUUCAUAGGAUCGGCCUUAACUGUCUACGGCCUUGUGUCUUCGUAUUCUGGAAAUUAUUCCGUCACAAUCGAUAACAUCACCACUAGCUUCUCCGCUCUAUCCUCAUAUAAUAAUUCAAAUGCGUUGUUAUAUUUCGCUACGGAACUGUCUCAAGAUACCUCUCAUACAGUUGUCUUCACCAACACUCAGAACACAACAUUUGCUAUGAGAGUUGGUGGGAUGAACGUCACCGCCUUCGGCAAUGCCACUACAAGUACCACCGUCUUAUCCUCAUCGAGCAGCUCGACUUAUGCCGGGACCAUUGCCGCCAUUGUACUCGGUGCUGUUUUGGUGGUCCUCAUAGCGUGUAUCCUCAUGUACUGGGUAUUUGUUGUUCGCCCGCGUGCUCGUAGGAGGCAGAAAUCAAGCCACUCACACACCAGGAAAACGGUGGACCCGGGACGUGUCAUUGACAUCAGCCCUCCAUGCGAAGAAGAGACCGAAGUGGCAAGCUUGAGUACCAGCAAAGGGUACGGAUUCGGACUCGGCCUGCAACGCACCUUCCCCUUCGUCCGCAAAACGAAAAAUGGGGGCAGCAGCAGCGGUCACGUUGACAACACACGCUCGCGUUCCGUCUCCCACGUUGCAAUUCCGCCUGAGGAGCGAGGCGACGACAAACGCUUAUCGACCAACACCCUCACCGUAGAAUUUACUGCCUUGGGCUUUCCACCGGAAUCUGAGAAACUAGCGCCAGGUUGGACUAAUCCUAUCGCACGCACGUCGUUUGGAUCUAUGGGAAAAGGACACACACGAGUAGGAAGCCACAGAUUGGCGCUUCCGGAACUGUAUGUGGAAGAGGUGGGAGCAGAGGAUGCGUAUGAUGAUGACGAUGCGGAUGCCAAGACCCUCACGUCACGGCAAGAUGAAACACUUGCAGCGACACUUUCCCUUAGCCCGCGGACGUCGGAAGCGCCAGGCCUCUUCGUUUCCGCUGUGCGCUCAAUUGCGGGGAUUGAGGGUGCCGUAACAGAGAAUGAUAGUAGGGAGUCCUCCGUACCGUCUCGGCCUGGCUCACGGUUUCUGGAAGUGAGAGAGACCAGCCCGUUCAGGGUAGACGUGGGAGCUCUUCUCGGCCAGCUCAGGGGACGUCAGGACUCACGACGGACGAGUGGGAGCGGAAGUAGCAGUUGGUCUCGGGUUUGUGCCAGGCUCUACCGAAGAGCUCACAGAGACGACGGGAAGCAGAGCAUUCACGAGGACAAGUCUGAGAACCCCAGCCCUGAGUCGGUCCCGGUCGUUAUGCUCCAAUCAGGAUCGGGAUCAGAGCCUCCCCCAAGCUGAAGACGCGCCUGCCUCAGGCACUUACUCCUUCCUCGACUUCACCUCGUCGCAUUCAUCAUUACGUCGGCAAUCAAAGACCACCACGCUAAGCUCAGCUGCAGCCGA